AUGGCGGGAAGAGGGGGAGAAAAACACAUUUACGUACGCUGCAGUGUGACCCGUGGAAAUCGAUGCCAGCACGUGCCAAGCAGCCGGCGGGACCGGAGCCGUCUGCCGCGGCAUCGGUGCUGUGCCAGCUGCAAAUCCCUUAACCCACGGCUAUCAAGCCCUCGCCUCGCCCCCGGACCGCAGCUCAGCUGGUGGCUCUGCGGUCAAAAGUUUCUGAAACCAGCCCUCGGCAGGAUCCAGAUAGGACACAAAACCUUCAGCCCGCUGGUAAUGCUCAGCUUGGAGAGUACAAGGAGCAGCUCUCGCAGGGGAGACCCGACCUUCGCCUACGCCAGACGCAGUCCACUGGUGCAAGAUUCAAAAAGGUUUUUGUCUCCAUGGUCGAAAUGGAGCGAAUGCUCAGGAAAGUGUGGCCAAACCGGUGUGCAGAAGCGUACCAGAUCCUGCCUAGCUGAGCGCCUCUGGGGCGUGCACUGUAAUGAAGCAACUGAGGAAGGGCGGCUCUGCAUUGGACAUGUUUGCUCAGCCUGCAACGUCACCUGCCCCAUGGGCCGCAUCAACGCCGACUGCGACUCCUGCAUGUGCCAGGAUGCGACCCUGCACGGGAAGGUCUCUCUCGAGGAUGGGUCGCCCGCUGCCGAUGCCCGCGUCUACCUGCAAGCCAAGAAACUCAAGCUGUUGACAACAGCCGAUAACAGGGGCAUGUUUAGGAUCCCAGGGGUUUGUCCUGAUGGCAAAAACACCCUUAAAAUAAAGAAAGCCAAAUACGCAACUGCUACUGUCACCGUGCCUGAGAGCAACAGAAGAAACCUGGCGAUCCAAGUGCAGCUGCAACGAUCAGGCAAACCCUACAUUUUCAGGAGCCCCGAGGACAAAGCCAGGAGAGUGGGACAGAGCGUGUCACUCUGCUGCGAUGCCCUUGGGAGCCCGGCCCCUGACCGCUAUCUCUGGUACCACAACGGCUCACUGCUGGAUCCCUCCUUAUACAAAUAUAAAAACAACCUGGUUCUGAAGAACUUGAACAGAGACCAGUCGGGAGAGUAUUUCUGCAAGGCCAGCAGCGCCGGGGGGUCGGCAAAGUCCCAAUCUGCCAAGCUUGCUGUAAUAGGACGACAAGAGGCAGCCUGCAACUCCCAACCCCAAAGCCACCUCAUCCGACUUCCACAUGACUGCUUCCAAAAAGAAACCAACUCCUUCUACUACGAUGUGGGCAAAUGCCCAGCAAAGACCUGCGCUGGGAAGCUGGAUAAAGGGCUUCGGUGUAAGGACAAUGUCUCCUACUGCUGCGGGGUGUCCAAGAUGGAAACCAGAGACAUCUCCUGCAACGGGUACACGCUCCCCACUAAAGUCGUCGUAGAAUGUGGCUGCAAAAAAUGCACCGAGACCAAAAUAACGGUUCGAGGCAGAGCCACAGCAGCGGAUAACGGUGAGCCACUGAGGUUUGGCCACAUCUACAUGGGGAACAAGAGAGUGAGUAUGACUGGCUACAAGGGAACCUUCUCCAUCCACGUCCCAGCAGACACAGAGAGACUGGUUCUAACUUUCGUUGAUCGGCUGCAGAAGUUUGUGAACACAACAAAAGUUCUGCCCUUCAAGGAAAACGGAGGUGCUGUGUUUCACGAGAUCAAGCUACUAAGAAAGAAAGCUCCUGUUACACUGGAAUCCACUGAAACCAAUGUGAUUUCUUUGGGAGAAAUGGAAGAAGAUGAUCCAAUCGCCGAAUUAGAAAUUCCUCCAGAUGCAUUUUAUAGGAAAAAUGGAGAAGCCUACAGAGGCAAAGUGAAAGCCAGCGUGACAUUUCUGGACCCAAGAAACAUCUCUACGGCUGCUGUGACACAAAGUGACCUGAACUUUGUAGAUGAGGAAGGAGACGUAUUCCCGCUCCGUACGUAUGGCAUGUUUUCUGUGGACUUCACUGACGAGCAGGGCACUGAGUCUCUUAAUGCAGAAGAUGUGAAGGUUCAUUUGGAUGCUGCUCAGGUCAAAAUGCCAGAGCACCUGCAAGAGAUGAAGCUUUGGUCCCUGAACCCAGAGACAGGAUUAUGGGAGGAAGAAGGGGACUUCAACCUUGAGAAAAGCAGACGGCGCAAAAGGGAGGAGAGAACUUUUUUAGUUGGGAACAUGGAGAUCAAAGAAAGGCGGCUUUUUAACCUGGACGUCCCAGAGAGCAGACGGUGCUACGUCAAAGUCCGAGCCUACAGAAGUGAGAGAUUUCUGCAAAGCGAACAGAUCCAAGGGGUUGUGAUUUCUAUUAUAAACACAGAGCCAGAACCUGGGUUCUCCUCCAACCCCAGAGCAUGGGGCCGUUUCGACAGCGUGGUCACUGGUCCCAACGGCGCCUGCGUGCCCGCCUUCUGUGAUGAGCAAAACCCCCAAGCCUACGCAGCUUAUAUCUUGGCAAGUAUGGGAGGCGAAGAGCUUGAAGCUGUGCCCUCUGCUCCCAAACUCAACCCUAACGCUAUUGGGGUCCCACAGCCCUAUCUCAACAAGCUCAACUACAGAAGAACAGACCACGAGGACUCCAACACUAAGAAAACGGCGUUCAGCAUUAACAUGGCCAAGCCAAGCCCUAAUUCCCCAGAAGAGAACAACGGCCCUAUUUACGCCUAUGAAAACCUAAGAGAAUGCGAGGAAGCUCCACACAGCGCUGCGCACUUCAGGUUUUACAGGAUAGAGGGCGACAGGUAUGACUACAAUACCGUUCCCUUCAGUGAAGAUGACCUCAUGAGCUGGACUGAUGACUACCUUGCAUGGUGGCCCAAGCCCAUGGAAUUUAGAGCCUGCUACAUUAAAGUAAAAAUAAAUGGACCCCAAGAGGUGAAUGUAAGAUCUCGUAACAUGGGUGGGACGCACCCACGUACCAUUGGCAAGCUCUACGGCAUCAGGGAUGUCCGCAGCAUUCGUGACUCGGAGCAGCCGGACGUGUCGGCAGCCUGCCUGGAGUUCAAGUGCAGCGGCAUGCUCUUCGACCAAGACCGCGUGGACCGCACGCUCGUGAAAGUGGUCCCGCAAGGCAGCUGCCGCCGAGAGAGCGUCAACAGCAUGCUCCACGAGUACCUGGUGAACCACCUCCCCAUGGCUACAAACAACGACUCCAGUGAGUACACAAUGCUGGCUCCUCUCGACCCACUGGGGCACAACUAUGGCAUCUACACCGUCACUGACCAAGACCCGAGGAUCGCCAAGGAAAUCGCCCUGGGCAGGUGUUUUGAUGGCACGUCUGAUGGCACCUCCAGAACCAUGAAGAGCAAUAUCGGCGUUGGAUUGACUUUCACCUGUUCGGAGAGGAGCGCAGCAGAGCAAAGCAUCUUCCAGUCUCAGAGGAACUCAGGCCAGCAGUCCAUACUGGUUCUGCCAGGGGAGAGCCCUGCGUACCGAAGACCGCCAGCAAGCCGCCGAAUCCCCCAAAGCAGGGUCCCAGUGAAAGGUCAACGUCCUUCCACAUACUAA